AUGGAGCAACACAAUCACUCAAGCCUGGUAGAAUUUGUGCUCCUUGGCUUUUCCAGUGUGGGACAUAUUAGGGGCUGGCUUUUUAUCCUGCUGCUGUUGGCAUACCUGUUCACCAUCUGUGGCAACCUGCUCAUCUUCUUAGUCACUCGCCUGGAUGCAGCCCUACACACACCCAUGUACCACUUUGUCAGUGUUCUCUCCUUCUUGGAGCUGUGGUAUACAGCCACCACCAUCCCCAAGAUGCUAACUAAUCUUCUCAGUGAGAAGAAGACCAUUUCGUUUGCUGGAUGUCUCCUUCAGACCUACUUCUUCCACUCCCUGGGGGCCUCUGAGUGCUACCUUCUUACAGCCAUGGCUUAUGACCGAUACCUGGCCAUCUGCCGGCCCCUUCGCUACCCUGCAAUCAUGACCUCAACGCUCUGUGUCAAGAUGGCUGCUUGUUGCUGGACGUGUGGCUUUCUGUGUCCCAUUUCUGAGGUCAUCCUGGUCUCCCAGCUCCCUUUCUGUGGCUAUAAUGAAAUCCAACACAUCUUCUGUGACUUUCCACCUCUGCUGAGCCUGGCCUGCAAGGACACAUCCACUAAUGUCCUGGUGGACUUUGGCAUCAAUGCCUUCAUCAUCCUUAUCACCUUCCUCUUUAUUAUGGUCUCCUAUGGGAGAAUCAUUGGGGCUGUUCUGAAGAUACAAACAGUAGCAGGAAGAAAGAAAGCCUUCUCCACGUGCGCCUCACAUCUCACUGUGGUCCUCAUCUUUCUUGGAAGCAUCAUCUUCAUGUAUGUGCGGCUAAAGAAGAGCUAUUCACUAUCCCUUGACCGGACACUUGCUGUAGUUUACUCGGUGUUAACACCACUGGUCAACCCGAUUAUCUACAGUCUUCGUAACAAAGAACUCAUUAAGGCCGUCAAGAGGACCAUCUUCUGGAACAGAGGGAAAGCUAGUUCCACUCACUCCUGA